AAAAUGGCUGAGUCGGAAGAGGAGGUGGAUGUCUUGGUUCAGAGAGUUGUGAAAGAUAUCAAUAACGCGUUUAAGAGAAACCCGAACAUCGAUGAGAUUGGCCUCAUUCCGUGUCCGGAAGCCAGGUACAACCGGAGUCCCAUCGUUCUAGUGGAGAAUAAGCUGGGAGUGGAAAGCUGGUGUGUCAAGUUUCUCCUCCCUUACGUUCACAACAAGCUUUUGCUCUACAGACAGCGUAAGCAGUGGCUGGACAGGGAAGCAUUGGUAGAUAUCACAUGCACAUUGCUGCUCUUAAACCCUGAUUUCACCACCGCCUGGAAUGUCAGGAAGGAGCUUCUGCAGUGUGGAGUACUGUCUCCGGAGAAGGAUCUUUACCUGGGAAAACUUGCCCUGACCAAGUACCCCAAAAGUCCAGAGACAUGGAUUCACAGGCGCUGGGUACUCCAGUGGCUUCAGAAAGAGUGCUGCCCCCACUGGGCGGAGAGGAAAGAGCCUACGGAAGGCACGCACGGCAACGCAGAGAGGACGCAUCAGAACGAGAGGCUGCAGAGAGCUGUGCAGGACGAGAUGAGAGUCUGUGCAGACGCAGCCGGUCGUUACCCCAGCAACUACAACGCUUGGUCCCACCGCAUCUGGGUACUGCAGAACAUGGCCCAAGACAGUCUGAAGGUGCUACACGAUGAACUGUCCUCCACCAGGCUGUGGGUGUCCAUGCACGUGUCCGAUCACAGCGGCUUCCACUACCGGCAGUUUCUGCUAAACGCUCUGGUCAAAGAGCUGAGCGUCGCCAGGGAGAGGGUGACGCAUUUGUCGGGAUCCGACCCUCACCGCCCCCGGCAGCAGCAGCCCAACGGGGAUGGCACAGCGUCACCUACUGAAGAUCACCCCUGGGCUGCCAUUCCUCAGCUGUUUCACGAAGAGAUGGAGCUCUGCACUGACCUGAUUGAGUCCUACCCUGGACACGAGACACUGUGGUGUCACAGACGGCACGUCUUUUAUCUGUGGCAUCACUGGAAGAGAGAAAACGCCCAGGGAUCAGCUCGCCUGACACCGAGCGUCAAUCACACCGACCCGCUGCUCGGCGGAGCCCUGGUCAGUCCGGCGGGCGAAGCCAAAAACAUCCAGGCCAUGGACGUGGACUGCACGCCGGACGCCAGCAAAAACGGGGGCUACACGCAGGACACCAAGCGGCUGAAACGAGGCCCUCUGCCUCCUUACCCGGGACUGUCCUCCGAGCACUCGUUCAUCUCCAGAAUCCUGGACGACCGCCGAAGUCCAGAGCAAAUCCGAUUCGCUGCCGCCUAUAAGAAAUGGCUGGACACUGUGGUCGGUCAGUAG